CCAGGCGGCGGUGCUGGUAGCGGCGCGGGCGGGAGCGGAGCCGCCGGUACCGGAGGCGCGGGCGGCCUGAGGGAGAGGCAGUCUGGCCCGGAGCGGGCAGCCCUGCUUUAUCUCCUCCCUGCCGGCGAGGCCACUCUGCAGGAGGUGGACAACUAAUGGAACAUUCCACUAGGAAGAAUAAAACAGUUCUUACACGGUAGUUUGCUUGGAUAAGACUUGAAAGCCAUACAAAAAAGGAAUAAAUCUCUCAAGCAACAGUGACUGGAAACACUUGAGAACUCCUGAAUGAUUGAUUGAGGCCUUGAAAGAAAAACAUUAAGACUUUACAUUUCACAGUCAGUUCUGUUAAGCAGCUAUGGAAACAGAGAAGGAACACAUUUACAUUACCCCAACAGAACUUGAGAAUCUAAAUGAUGCUCUGCUCUCCGGUGAUGAAGAAAAUGGUGGGUCUGAGGAACCGAAGAAUGAAAUCAAUGGAAAUUGGAUUCCUGCAACUUCCAUUACUGAAGCCAAAAUAAAUGCUAAAGCAAAGAGACGGUUGAGGAAAAAUUCUUCUAGAGAUUCUGGGAGAGGAGACUCCGUUAGUGACAAUGGAGAAACGCUGAAGGUUGGAGUUGCACCAACGAGCCCAAAAGGGAAGCUCCUGGACAGGCGAUCCCGGUCAGGAAAGGGAAGAGGUCUACCAAAGAAAGGUGGAGCAGGCGGUAAAGGAGUUUGGGGAACACCAGGUCAAGUGUAUGAUGUGGAAGAAGUAGAUAUUAAGGAUCCUAAUUACGAUGAUGACCAGGAGAACUGUGUCUAUGAAACAGUAGUUUUACCUCUGGAUGAAAGAGCAUUUGAAAAAACAUUAACACCAAUCAUACAGGAAUAUUUUGAACAUGGAGAUACUAACGAAGUGUCGGAGAUGCUGAAGAAUUUAAACCUUGGUGAAAUGAAAUACAGUGUGCCUGUGCUGGCUGUUUCCUUGGCAUUAGAGGGAAAAGCUAGUCAUAGGGAAAUGACAUCUAAGCUUAUCUCUGACCUCUGUGGGACAGUAGUAAGCAAAACUGAUGUGGAAAAAUCCUUUGACAGACUGCUUAAAGAACUACCGGAGUUGGUUUUGGAUUCUCCCAGGGCGCCACAGUUGGUGGGCCAGUUCAUUGCUAGAGCUGUUGGAGAUGGGAUUCUGAGCAGUACUUACAUCGAUGGCUACAAAGGCACUGUGGAUUGUGUUCAAGCUCGAGCUGCACUGGACCGAGCUACUGUGUUGCUGAGUGUUACAAAGGGCGGAAAGCGCAUAGACAACAUCUGGGGCUCAGGAGGUGGCCAGCAGUCUGUGAAACACCUGGUUAAAGAGAUUGAUAUGUUGCUGAAAGAGUAUUUGCUUUCUGGAGAUGUACUGGAAGCUGAAUGUUGUCUUCAGGAACUGGAAGUGCCCCAUUUUCACCAUGAACUUGUAUAUGAAGCUGUUGUGAUGGUUUUGGAGUCAACAGGGGACAAGACCUUCAAAAUGAUCCUGGAUUUAUUGAAAUCUCUCUGGAGGUCUUCUGUCAUUACUAUGGACCAAAUGAAAAGAGGCUACGAACGAGUUUACCGUGAAAUCCCAGAUAUUAACCUGGAUGUGCCACACUCCUAUUCUGUGCUUGAGCGCUUUGUGGAGGAAUGCUUUCAGGCUGGAAUAAUCUCCAAACCACUGAGAGACCUCUGUCCUUCAAGGGGCAGAAAGCGCUUUGUGAGUGAAGGAGAUGGAGGUCGUCUUAAGCUGGAAAGCUACUGAAUGUGAGAAUGAACUCUUGAAGCCUUAAAAGUUUAAAGGGAAAGUAGAUAGAUAUCCAUAUAUAUAUACACACAAGCACACAUGGCUUUUUUUUGGGGGGGUGUUUGUGUGUGUGUAUGUAUGCACAGACAUACCAAAAUUUUAAGAGUUGCUUAGCACAGUUCAUAUUUUUCUAAAAGCACAUUUCGGGUACAAAUUGUUUUUGUUUGGGUAGGUUUUUUUCUUGGGUUUUUUUGUGUUUCUUUUUUUAAAUUUCAGGAAGAAACCUCCUUUCUCUGGGCAUAUAGUAGAACAACUGGCCACUCUGCUGUGGUGGUGCCUUCGAAUAAGCUAUCUUUUUCAAGUGCCAUAUGUUUAUGACCUAAUCAUUCCAUGUUUGCAUUGGUGUCUGACUGCCUUUCAAGGAUAGCGUUGUCAUCAUAAAAUCACUGGUUUAUACAAAGCUUUAUAGAAGGGUCAAGUUAAGCUGCUGUGAUCCCAUUUCCAUUGCUGCUGAAGAAAUACUGUGCUUUGGGAGGAAAAAAAUAGCUAUUUCUUUGUUCAAGAGCCCCAGAAAAUGGAGUUGGGUCGUGAGAUAAAUUCAUCUGUUGCAGGGGAAGAACACUGGUUGGUUUAGCCCCCAUGUACCAAACUCAUCUUUUUUUUUAAUAUGUAACUGGAAAAGUGAAAAGUUCUGGUAAAACAUAUUAAAACUAUUUUUUUGUGAAA